UGUCCUCAGACCAGUCCUUGGCGUUGUGCAGUGUCCUUCAUGUUUAGAGUUGAUUUCUGCUCAUACCACUUAACAUCUCGGUAAUUGAAAGCAAUGGCAGAGUUCUCAGCAGAAACUUUAGGAAAACGGUCUACUAUCGGGUGUUGAUUCGAGUAGCCUAAUGUGAUUUCAUGUAGGCUAUGAUGUGCGUUGUUGACUAGAAAAGUUUACUAGGUAGGCUAAUCAACUUAUGAAUCCGAGGUAGGCUAAUUGUUUCGUCCUGUCGGAAGUCGGUAAGAAUAUCUCUUGUUAUUGGCCUUUAGUUAUUCUAAAAGUGAAGACCAAAAUCGACACUAAUAACCAUUCGGCGCACCGACAAGCGCAAGCCGAUGCAUUGCAAAUCAUCACUCAGGUGAGAUCAUGGUAGACUUCCAAUCGCUCAAGUCCUACUGGCCUCUCAUCCGUUUUUUGGUGCCUUUGGCUAUCACCAACAUAGCCAUCGACCUUGGGGAACAGGCUCUGAACAGAGGCAUUGCCACAGUAAAGGAGGAUCGAGUGGAGAUGCUGGCCAGCUAUGGACUGGCGUACUCCCUCAUGAAGUUCUUCACCGGGCCAAUGAGUGACUUCAAGAAUGUGGGGUUGGUGUUGACCAACAGCAAACGAGACCGUCUCAAGGCUUUGCUCUGCAUGGGCGUUGCGGGCACCAUCGCUUUUGUUUUGCACAUCCUCAUUGCUUAUACAGACCUUGGGUACUACAUAAUAAAUAAGCUACACCAUGUGGAUGAAUCCGUGGGCAACAAGACAAGGCGAGCCUUCCUCUAUCUGUCGCUGUUCCCAGUUCUGGAUGCCAUGGCAUGGAUCCACGCUGGUAUUCUCCUCAAGCAUAAGCAUAGCCUUCUGGUUGGAUCAGCCUCCAUAUCAGAUGUUGUUACACAGAUUGUAUUUGUCGCCAUCCUGCUCCAAAGUAACUUGGAGUGCGUUGAGCCCCUCCUCAUCCCCAUCCUAUCGCUCUACAUGGGUGGACUGGUACGAUUCACCGUCGUGGGAAUGGGCUACUAUUGCAACGUCCACGAAAACACUCCUGACUCCAGUAGCAUCGACGUUGGGGGGGAUGUUCCCAUUAGGACCAUGCUGAAUUUCUGGUGGCCGCUGGCCCUCAUCUUGGCCACACAGAGGAUCAGCAGGCCGGUUGUUAACCUCUUUGUGUCGCGCGACCUCAAGGGAAGCGAGGAGUCUACUCAGGCUGUUGCUGUCCUCACCGCCACCUACCCAGUGGGCCACAUGCCUUACGGAUGGCUUACUGAACUUCGGGCUGUCUACCCUGCUUUUGACAAGAACAAUCCCACCAACAGGCGGAGCGGCGGCGUGUCAGUCACCAAAUCACACAUCAAGAGAUUCAUCCUCUGCUGUUUCCUGAUUUCAGUCACGAUGUGUUUCCUAUUGUUCUGGAGUCCUGGAGUAUCAGAGAGCAUCUUGGUGAACAUCAUUGGAGUCGAUGCGUCGUUUGCCCAACUCUGCGUUACACCUCUGAGGAUCUUCUCCUUUUUCCCUGUGCCAGUGUGUGUCCGUGCUUGCUUGACAGGUUGGCUUAUGACACUGAAGAAAACGUUUGUCCUGACACCCAGCUCUGUGCUUCGCAUCGGAGUCCUGAUCAUCGGCCUGGUGGUACUCCCUUAUAUGGGAGUCCAUGGAGGAACUCUGGGUGUGGCCUCUCUGCUGGCCGGAUUUGUGGGAGAGGCGUCCAUGGUCGCUAUUGCCACCUGUUUUGUCUACAGAAAACGGAAGAGCAACAACAAAAACAACGAGCUGGUUGCCGAGGGGGAAAACUCCUCCCCAAUGAGGGAGGUCAACCCCACAACCCAGUUAGACAACAUUCAGGAGCUGGGAGAAGGCGAGGACCAAUGAGAAGACAAAAACAAAGUUUGGGAGAGCAGAGACGGUAGAACAAACAUGCCUUGAAGUCUUUGCUCUGAUGUGAUUGAGCCACAGGUUGCACUUUUCUUGGGAGGGGACUCUGAGGGCGAAAAAGGACUCCGAAAGCUUGUGUUGAGAGCUUGGCGAUUGUGUUGGGUUGAGGAGGUGGGAGGGGG